AUGGGUGAUAAAAGACAACCCAAUCGGCACGUAGAUAACGUAAUUAAAGCACUCUACACGAGCUACGGUCUUGUUUUUGCAUUAGCGUGGGAAGGGAUGGAACAAGUACUAAAGCGGCUAGUGUCAAUGCUUGCAGAUCGCCAGUCGUCUCAGGCCGCUCCCGCCGGUACGCCAUCAAUUGACGGCUUCACCAACAGUAUCUCGGAGUUCUUUCAUGAUCCGGAGAACGGUGCAACGUUUGAGUCCUGGUGUCGGCGUUACGAAGACCUGUUCCGAGUUGACCUCGCGUCCUAG